AUAUGAGGUGCGAGUCGCUGUACUUAGUCUAAUCGAAAGAUUGCGUGAAACAAGAAGUCUUGAGAUAUUUUGUAUAAAACUUUGUGUGUAUGGGAUGGUGGUUGCAAAUGUGCCUGUUGUCCGGUCAGAUCUUGAUUGCGCCACUGCGUGUGUGAUUAAUAAUGACGAACUUAAUUCUUGUGUAUACCUCUGUGCUUAUUUCUUAACAUCGAGAGACAUCAAACACCCGGAAAUCGUAGUCGUCGAUAUUGGUGGGGGGAUCUUAUGAAUGGUGUGAGGUGGAGUUUAACUGGGCACACCCUCCAUAAAUAGUUCGUUAGUUUACGCUUUGUCCACUAGCAGAAUGUUGAAUGUCUGACAGACGUACCGACACUGUCGGUCGGAGUCCGCGGCUGUCGACAGAUUUGUAAACACACGUGAAGUUUAUCCGGAGUCUUCUAGUCACCAGUGAUCGCAGCCAGUGAAGAGUUUUCGGUGAUUUCAACGCCGGCCGUAGCCGGUCGUAAUUAUUCGUAAUUUUUUCGUUGUUUCGAAUUCUUAAUUUUUAAAUUGUGAACGAUGGAGAUGUGUACUUCUCAAGGCCACGUUGUUGGGAUGUUAGAUCGUGAUCAAAGGACCGCCAAAGUGUGCAGAUUUGACAGGCACGUGGUGUUUGUGAAAGAAUACGAAGAUUCGCGGGAUCAGACUGUAUUAACGAGACGAAAUAAAACGAUUAGUCACCGUUCCGUUCCGGGAAGGACGAGUCCACAACACUCUUCGUGCAAAACCAGGAAAAAUAGACACUUCUGGAAGAGUUUACACAGAUUAAAACACGCCCUAAUCGUCGGAGCUUACCUAAGUCUCUUCACAUUUCCCAGUAUUCAAUCGGCGCCGACGAUACGAAACUCCAAGUCCAUGUCGAGGGGAGACAACAAGCCCAAAUGGUUCAAUCCAUGCGGUAUGAGCGGCGUCAACGGUGCCACCCCUGAGCACCGCAUGCCCGACAUCCAACUCAUCGACCAGAUCCUUAACCAGGCUCAGAUCGCCGAAGCCAGAGCCAAGAUGUUCAAGGAAGAGUAUGUCGACAAAACAUUCAACAUGAAGGCGCACCAGCUGCACAAUUAUUACAAAGACAAAGAUUAUGACUGGCUCCCAACCAAGGAGAUUCCCAAAAAAUUGGAUCAGACGGUACCUCAAGAACAUCUAGAUACUUUAGAGUUUAAACCGACUCUGACAACCGUCUACGGCUAUCUUCAAAAAUUUGCCGUGGGGAUAGAACAGAUCGUCUGGGAUGAGGAAGACAGAGGUGGGCCUUUCAAAUCCUCAUUUGUUCAAACCGAAGACUAUCUUCGUACUUUACUCUGCGAGAUUUACACAGCCAUCAUCGAAAAAGAACUCACGGUCGAACAAAACGUCGAUCGGGACAUCAUGGGGCCUGAAUUCAGAAACAUGGACAAUACAUCCAUGAACAUCCGAAACUGGAUCAUCUAUAGAGAUUAUCUCAACAUGCUCGAAUAUAUCAUACAAGUAUUUCGUCACUUCAAAGCAAAUAUUGAAUGAAGAAUUAUUUAAAAACAUUUAAUUUAUUUUUUUAAUUUAAUUUAUAUAACUGUAUUUACAAAAGAGAAUAUAUAUCUAUAUAUUAUCUAAUAGUAAAACAAAUUCUGUAGAUAUUAGGAACUGUGAUAUUAGACUUAAUUUUUUAA